AUGUCAGCAGAAGGUCAAAGGGUAUUGGUGAUUGAAGACGCUUCACCAGGAAUUAUCCUGAACACGAUCAAAUACAUUUUACAAGGAUCUAUGCUUUCCCCUGGAAGCAAGCUUAUGCUCUUGGCAGUUCUCCACGAAGAUCAAGAUGGGUUCAGGAUCAUGGCUUGGAGCAAGCCAGAAAAUUGUCAGGGAAGAAGUUGCACAGAAGCGAGAGAGUACAUCAAGGAUAUUAAGCUGGAUAUAGAUGUCCAAGGAGGAGAUUCUCCAAAAGAAGUCCGAAAAGCUGCUAUAACUUUUAGGGCAACAUGGAUAAUACUCGACAGACGUCCAAAGAUGGGAUGGAAGAGAGACUUCGCUUUUGAGGAGCUUAAGGCUGCUACCAAGGGUUUUUCUCAGAAAUUGGCUUUGCACUUCGGAGUAGCCUACAGGGAAGAGCUUAAUGGACUGAAAAUUACCGUUAAGCAGCACAAAAACGCACGCUACCAUGGUAGUGAAAAGGGAUUCCAAUCUGAAGUUCAUAUGCUCAGUGAAGUGAGACAUGAAAAUCUGGCCAUGCUGUUAGGUUCAUGUUCAGAAGGAAAUUGCAGGCUGCUUGUGUAUGAAUAUGUCUGCAAUGGUUCGCUGGACAAUCAUCUGUCUAGAAAUCCCAGUAGACUUCUCAGGUGGGAUCAAAAGAUGAAAAUCACCUUAGGAGCUGCUAAAGGCUUAAAAUAUCUGCAUGAAAACAACAUCAUCCACCAAAAUUUGAGGCCUGACAACAUCCUCUUAACUCAUGAAUGGAUUGGGACUAUGCCAUACUUGGCUCCAGAAUAUGCAGAUUCCAGUGAAGUGUCUCCAAAGAGUGACUGUUAUUCUUUUGGGGUCAUACUUCUACAUCUGAUCACAGGACUAAGGAGCACAGACCCAUUGUUUGGAGAGCGAAGUAUCGUAAAAUGGGUAACUGCCUCAAUGCUUCUUAUACAGCCUCUGCCUGCAAAACCGUUGCUAAGAGGAAAAAAGUACCCAGAAUUGCUUGAGCACGGCAUGGCUGACUCAUAUGAUGACGACCAACUCCGUAGGCUGAUUCGUGUGGCAGAUAAGUGCCUAAUCAAAAAUCUUUGCAAGAGAGAGUCCAUGGACCAGGUCAGUGUGGCUAAGUUUUCUCAUCUUCUGUAUAAUCGCUGCUUGGAAAUUGGUUUGCUCCACAUUGAGUAUGAUAAAGAGUUGUCCCGCAGGCACUCUUCAACAUUUCCCAUUUUCGCUGUUUUCAAGUUCCCAUACAAAGAGACUAGUAAUAUGCACCGUCGUGUUUACUGA